UCCUGACUGGUUCACCACUCUUACAACCCCAAUACCAUCCAACAUCAACUCUGCAUCUACCAAUAAUCACAGUGCAAGAUGGCGACCCUUGAAGAUCACAACUACACAAAGAUGCAACUGCCAACCAACAAGCUGGGCGAGCCUGUCGUUACCUCCAUCCCGGAGGUUCCCGUCACGGUCCAGCGCAAGCCUUUCCUACAGCCAGAGUUGGACCAGAAACUCACCCAUACCGGUACACCGAGAGCCAACAUUGCCGCUACCUAUGAAAAGCCCAAUGGCACGACGGAGCGCGGCUGGGCGCAAAGACAUCGCCACCAAACUGUUCUUCAGCAGCAUUGUGACUUCUUUGAUGCUGACAACGACGGCGUGAUCUACCCCACGGACACAUUCUGGGGCUUCCGGAAGCUCGGCUUCGGCAUCUUCCUCUCCCUCCUCUCCGUCGUUAUCAUCCACAGCAACUUCUCCUACCCGACCCUGUCCGGCUACCUCCCCGACCCCCUGUUCCGCAUCUACCUAGCCAACAUCCACAAGGACAAGCACGGCAGCGACACGAACACGUACGACACCGAGGGCCGCUUCAACCCGCAGAAGUUCGAGGACAUGUUCGCCAAGUACGCCGGCGGCCGCGACUACAUGACCGUCUACGACAUCCUGGCGAUGCUCAAGGGCCAGAGGCUGGUUGCCGACCCGAUCGGCUGGGGCGGCGCUUUCUUCGAGUGGACGGCGACGUAUCUCAUGCUCUGGCCCGCGGACGGCCGCAUGACCAAGGAGGACAUCCGCGGCAUCUAUGACGGCAGCAUCUUUUACACUAUUGCUGCGCGAAGGUCUCAGAAAUGAGCACUCCCGCGAUUCGGUGCACUGGUUUGCACCGGGAAAGGAGAUUUUUGAGACUUUUCGUAAGCAGGUUUGACUCAUUAUAUAAAGACUGGCAAGACUUUCGCCUUCAAGACAUUGAGUUGUGACUUCGGCCUUGGGAGACAUCGCGAGAAAUCACAAGAAGUUAUAAAGCUGGACGUCUUCGCUGACGUAGAUUCCCUGAGAGCAGGCUUAGCAUGCUGUCUUGGCCAGUGGCAAGAUAAGAAUACUAUUUGUGAGGAAUGAGAACAAAUUGACCAUGAUCAAUGUAUGA